UUUGGCUAUUCUGUCCAAGAACAAACGGUAUCCCCAUCGCCGCCACCGCGGCCUUCUUCACUCGCCGCCGCCGUCCGCCACCGGUUCGAUCUGGUGAACUACUUCCUGUAGAGACAGCAGCGCCUCCAGGGCGGCGAUGGCGCUCCCCCCGCCGCCCCCGGGCGACGGCGCGGCCGCGCUCCCGCCCCCGCCGGGCACGGACAUGACGGGGAUCUGCUUCCGCGACCAGCUGUGGCUCAACACCUACCCGCUGGACCGCAACCUCGUCUUCGACUACUUCGCCCUCUCCCCCUUCUACGACAUCACCUGCAACAACGAGUCCCUCCGCUCGCGCCAAAUCCACCCCCUCGACAUGUCCCAGCUCAUGAUGAUGACCGGGAUGGAGUACGUGCUGAGCGAGGUGAUGGAGCCGCACCUCUUCGUCAUGCGCAAGCAGAGGAGGUCCAACUCCGAAAAGGUCGACCACCUGCUCGCCUACUACAUCCUCGACGGCUCCAUCUACCAGGCGCCCCUGCUCGGCAACGUUUUCGCCUCCCGCAUAAGUAGGACUAUGCAUCACAUAUCAAAAGCAUUUUCCAUAGCAUGCUCGAAAUUGGAGAAGAUUGGCAAUGCAGAGACAGAGACUGAUGCAGUAGCUUCUGAAUCGAAGACCCAGAAGGAAGCGGUUGACUUCAAGGAGCUGAUGCGAAUUGAUAAGAUCCUCGUCAAUUUGCAAAAGAAGCUGCCUCCUGCUCCUCCCCCUCCACCCUAUCCGGAGGGCUAUGUUCCACCAUCUGCAUCAGAAGAGAAAGCGCCGGAUGAUCUGCUGGCCUCAGAGGCAUUACCUCCCGCAAUUGACCCUAUUAUUGAUCAAGGGCCAGCAAAAAGACCAAGGUUCCAAUGAGAGACUUAUGUCGAUCAAGUGAACUAGCUGACACGAUAACAUCAUGUAUUGCAAAUUCAGAGUAGAGUUUUGCAGAGUCCUGAACGGGAAGACCAAAACAUACGUAUCUAAAUUGCAUCCUGAGAAUCUUAUUUUAAUACUAUGUUGUAGCACUCGGUUAACCUGGGAUGGAUUGGCCAUUUUCUUUUGCAAAUCAUAUAAUCUGGCUCCCACGGUUACCAAACAAUUAGCUUAAUGCGGUUUUAUGGGUAAAGACAUUGUUUGACUUAGUGUUC